AUGACAGAAGGUGGGAGUAGCAGUUUUGUGCAGCUUGCAAUUCCAAGGUUUAAUGGUCAUUAUGAUCAUUGGGCAAUGUUGAUGGAGAAUUUUCUCCGCUCCAAAGAAUAUUGGGAUCUCAUUGAGAAUGGGAUAUUGAUGGUGGCAGAUGGAAUAGAGCCUACGGAGGCACAAUGCAAAUUGAUCGAGGAGCAGAAGUUGAAGGACUUAAAGGUAAAGAAUUACCUUUUCCAGGCAAUAGAUCGUGAAGUCCUUGAAACAAUCCUCAAGAGGGACACGACAAAAAAUAUAUGGGAUUCAAUGAAGCAAAAAUUUCAAGGUUUAACCAGGGUCAAAAGGGCUCAACUGCAAGCUUUACACAAAGAUUUUGAGAUUCUUCAAAUGAAGGAAGGAGAAAUAGUGAAUGCAUAUUUUUCUCGUACUUUAACCAUAGCCAACAAAAUGAAGGCUCAUGGUGAAAGUAUGAGUGAAACAGUCAUUACUGCAAAGAUUUUGAGAUCAAUGAUCUCAAAAUUUGAUUAUGUGGUAUGCUCAAUUGAAGAAUCCAACAACUUAGACAUGAUGACUAUUGAUGAGUUGCAAAGUAGUCUUCUUGUUCAUGAGCAGAGGAUGAGAAGUCGUGGAGAAGAAGAGCAGGUUCUGAAGAUCUCCCACGAAGACAAAGCAAGUAGAGGAAGAGGUAGAGGUAGAGGUAAUGGUUCAUUUAGAGGAGGUCGACGAAGGGGAAGACAAUUAUUCAAUAAAGUUGUUAUUGAAUGCUUCAAAUGUCACAAGUUAGGACACUAUCAAUAUAAAUGUUCUGAUUGGGAGAAAAAUGCCAAUUAUGUUGAAUUAGAGAAGGAAAAAGAUGAAGAAUUGUUAUUAAUGUCUUAUGUUGAAUUGGAGCAAGACAAAAUGGAAGUGGUUCUCAGAACUGGAUGA